AUGAAUAUGGGCGAUCUGGGUGAGGAUGCUGAACUUUUGCCAAAUAAAAAGAAUAAAUUUAAUGGAAAACACAAAAAUAAAACCUUUGUCAACUUUGAUUUCAAUGACGACGAAUGUGUAUUGCAAGAAUCAAAUGAUUUACAAAAUAAAAUCAAUCAAUUUGGUAUAAAACUCUUUUAUUCCGACAUAACACCAAAGGUGUAUAUGUCUUUGUUUUCUGCAAAUGUUUUAAUCUUAAUCGCCAGUGUUCUUCUGGACGACAAAAAUGUCGUAUCGAUAUUUAUAGAAAUUUUGAUCACAUUGAUCUUCGCUUUGGAAAUUUAUAUUAAUUAUAUUCUUCAUGGUCCAAAGUACUACACUUCUUUCGAGGGAUGCCUCGAUACAGCCAUGGUGUCGCUCUGUUUAGCGUUCAUCAUUGUUGACGGAGACAUUAAAUACCUAUUGGGGUACAGAAAUUAUGCUAGUGAUAGAUUUUCGGACUUCUUGGAGAUCACGAUAUGCGUAUCUAGACUGAUCAUACAAACAUUUCGCCUAAUACGUUUCUUUGCUAGACACAGACGUGCAAAGGUAUGUAUAAAUACUAUGUGA